UGGGACAGACUAGAAUGAAAGCUCAGUAUGACCAUGAUAACGUUAAUUUAUUUUUAGGCAGUCAUCACUGUCCUGAAACAUGCUCCUGACACAGCCACAUUCUACUGUUCAAAAAUAGCAAUUCCAGUGUGUACAGCUGUCUGGGCAUACAUUUCGAGGUAGAAUUUGUAAAUGAAAAUGAAACUUUCGGCAAUGCAUUUGGAAUUACAUGGAAUAAUAUCUGGCAUAUGGAUAUAAGACAGUAGACUUGAUGCAACAACAAAAAGGAAAACUUUCUAAAUUGUUUACCAUGAGAUUCCGACUUCAAACCCUGCCUUUGGGACUUUGGCUGCAUCAAUUGCAAGCAUGCAAAUCAAGGAAUUGUUCAAUGCUUGUCAGAACAAAUCAAGUGUGUUUUACAAACAAUAUAAUUCGUCCUGGAUAUAAUGAUUAUAAUGCAUCAAAGUUCAUUCAACCCUGUUUGAAACAAUCCAGUAGAAAGCUUAGUAAUGGAUCUUCAGUUGUGGCUCCAGUCUUUUUUCAAGCUGAACGAUUUAAAGAUAACACUGCUCUUACAACGCAGCAUGGAACAUAUACAUACAAGGAUUUACUUCAUUACAGUGUCAACUUUGCUAAGGAGCUAACGGUUGCAAGUAAAACCGAUGGUAGAAAAACCUUAAAAGACACAGAGUUUCCUCUUGAAGGGGAAAGAAUUGCAUUUCUGUGCGAAAACGAUCUCUCCUAUGUCGUGGCUCAGUGGGCCAUAUGGAUGUGCAAGGCUAUUGCUGUACCCCUCUGCAAGUCACACCCGGUGACAGAGCUGCAGUAUUUCUGUGAAGACUCUUCGGCCUGCAUGCUUGUAGGAACUGCAGCCUUCAGGGAUAAACUGGCCCCUAUUUCCUCACAACUGGGGCGCCCCCUGUUGGAGAUGGGGGAAGACGACUACUCAGGUGAUUAUUCUGAGCUGAAGGGAAACUCGAAGGAAACGUUCCUUGGCCUGAAAGAUGGGCCUAGGAAAAAUGAGUACAAGAACAGGAAAGCCAUGAUAAUUUAUACCAGCGGUACAACCGGUACACCUAAGGGUGUUGUUAUGACGUUUGGCAACCUGGAUGCCCAGAUGCGAGAUAUGGUGCAGGCGUGGGGUUGGUCCCAAUCAGACAGCAUUCUGCACGUGCUUCCCCUGCACCAUGUGCAUGGCGUGGUCAAUGUGCUGAUGACACCUCUGUAUGUGGGCGCCAAGUGUACCAUGCUGCCAAAGUUUGAUGCCAAACAGACAUGGCAAACACUGUUAUCAGAUGCUUCGGAUGUGAAUAUUUUUAUGGCAGUUCCCACCAUUUACUCAAAGCUGAUACAGGAAUAUGAACGCCAGCGUGACAGUCAAUCUUCCUAUCUGCCAUCUGACCUGCCAAGCAUUCUUAAACAGAAAUUCAGGUUGAUGGUGAGUGGAUCUGCUGCCCUGCCCCAGCCUGUCAUGGAGAGGUGGGCUGACCUGACGGGACACCUCCUGCUGGAGAGAUACGGCAUGACAGAAAUAGGAAUGGCACUGACCAACCCUCUCAUUGGAGACAGGUUUCCUGGAGCUGUUGGUCUGCCCUUCCCAGGAGUGUCAGCAAGAAUUGUGGAGCACCAUGACAACUGUAACCACGGUGAUGUGCUCGUAUCUGCAGACGCUAAAAAGGUUACUGUUACCAAAGGUAAGGAGGGGUUAUGUGGAGAGCUGCUUAUCAAAGGAGAUAAUGUGUUUACGGAGUACUGGAAUAGACCAUCAGCCACUGCAGAGGCAUUCACAGGCGAUGGCUGGUUCAAGACUGGUGACACAGCUGUGUUUGCGGAUGGUGUGUUCCAUAUUGUGGGGCGUACCUCAGUGGACGUGAUCAAGAGCGCAGGCUACAAGAUCAGUGCACUUGAUGUGGAGCGCCACCUGCUGGCUCACCCAGACAUACAGGAUGUGGCGGUCAUAGGUUUACCAGACAUGACAUAUGGCCAGCUUCUGACAGCUGUCCUGGUAACCAAGUCAGGUGCGACCUUGACAACUAAUGACCUUCAGAUUUGGGCCAAGGACAAAAUGGCUCCCUACCAUAUUCCAAGAAAGGUCACAUGCUUGAAAGACAUGCCCAGAAAUGCAAUGGGCAAAGUCAACAAGAAACAGCUUGCUAAAGACUUGUUCCCUGAUAGUGCCUAAAUUGGUUUUUAACAGCAUUUGGUGUUUUAAGCAAUUUAUUUAAUUACCUUAUGCCUACUGUAAUAUAAAUGAUAUUGAAUUAUUUUUUGCUAUUUACUCGUCGAAAAAGUAAUGUUGGAAUGUUUUAAACUGUUACCGGUGAAUAUUUCGAACUGUUGACCGGUCAAUAGAUUGAACUGUUGCCCGCUCGUGCUAUGUUUGAAAUUUGAUUAGGUAAUAAAAUCAGGUAAUAAAACAGUUAUUUCAUGAAUGCUUGAUGAACAGUCAAAACUGUUGUCCCUAGGUAUCAGGGAUGACUUUAGAACUCUUGCCCGAGGCCGAGCACAUUCAUGAAAUAACUGUAUAAUUUCAUAGUUGUUCAUACUACGAAUCUUUAAUAACAUAACUAUAAUUAUUACAAUGAAAAAAUAAUUGGAAGAUGCUUAUCAUAAAUUAAAUAUUUAUUAGAUUUUUUUCUGUUGUAGAAAUUUAAAGAACCCAUUAAUUUUUUGGAUUAUAUGAAUUGUGAUUAUUAUCAGGUAUUAUGAAAUAAGACAGAUUUAAUAUUUGUGUCUGCAUACAACAUUCAUCAUAAGGUAGGGUAGUUUUUAAGUCGACUAUACACCAAAUAGUAGGAGCUAUACUGAUUACCCAAAUGUUGGCGUCAGCAUAUGUCUUAUGGUCUGGGUAUGGUAACUUACAAGAACAUCUCUAUUUCACUGUUUCUAAUACAGGUAUUUUAUUUAAACUUCAUAAAUUUGUUUCGAGCCUUGUGUGAGAUUACUGACCAAGUUCCAUAACUCAGACCUGCAAUUUACCAGAAUUAAGGCUCCUUUUCGUACUAAAUUUGGUUGAGGUAGACAUUAAGAAUCCCCAUAUCUGUGUUCCUACUACCUGUAUUGAAUUGAAAACUCACUAAUAUGAUAGGUUACUGAUAAAGUUCCAUAAUGCUGAUCUGCAGUUUAGCAGAAUUAUGCCUCCUUUUUGUACUUAUACAUGUGGUAAAUGUUAAUGUGCAACAGCUCCAUAUCAUAUUCUACUGCAUUAUUAUCCCUCGCCAUAGGCGGAGGGAUAUUGUUUUGGCGUUGUCCGUCCUUCCGUUCGUCCUUCCGUCUUUCCGUUUGUCCAUCCGUCUUUCCAUCCGUCCGGAGCCAUAUCUUGGAAGUGCUUUGGCGGAUUUCAUUUAAACUUGGUAUGAUUGGUAUGAGUAUAUAUAUGGAUAAGGAGAUGAUGCACGCCAAAUGGCAUUGUACACCAUCUGUUAAAAUAGCUCUUAACUUAAUAACUUAAAAUAGCGGUAGAAAAAUAAACGUUUAAGUUUAGUUACUUUAAAUUAGACGGACGUAUUAUACCGUAAUUUGGUUUGUAGGUAGCUUACAUGCAGCUAGUAGUGUGCUGUCUUGGAGCAGCUCUUGUUAAUAUGAAAAUGAUGUUGGAGUUUCUGCCGAAAUAUCCAAUUUGUAUACAACAACCUGUGUUUCCUUUACUUGUUCAAAUGUGUUGUUCUUAAUUGUGAUUAUUAAAACAUGCAACACAUACUUCAAAUUAUUUUAUUUGUAGAUGCAACUUGUGUGUUGUGUAUGUACUGUUAUAGCCAAAUGUAUAUUUCUUUAUUACUAUGUUAAGAAAUCAUUGUGUAAUUGAAUUUAAAUACAAAAGCAUUUAAAUUGUAUGGAUUGUUUAUCAUAAUUGUGCACAACCUGUCAAUCUUAUUUUGAAAAGGUAACAUGGUCGGAGUGCGCUACCUAUUGUUUUAUGCCCCUGGAUCGAAUGAUAUAUAUUGUUUUUGGCCUGUCUGUCAUUUUAUGUUUCUGUCCUUCUGUCAUUCUGUCCCAAAACUUUACUUUGGUCAUAGCUUUUGCAAUAUUGAAGAUAGCAACAUGAUUUGGCAUGCAUGUGUAUCUUAGGGACUUUUUGAGUGGUGAAAGGUCAAGGUCAUCCUUCAAGGUUAAAUGCAAAUGCUAUUUUGUGAUAAAAUGGCACUAUCGAGGAUACUUUUAAUCAUAAUGUUUUAUUUGUGACGUUCUUUGAAUGGACACACUCAACUCAGUUUGAUAGUGCAUAGUUGAUAGUUCGGACAAUAUUUUGAUUUCGGAUAAUGUCAACGGCCAAGUUUACCAGUGUUUUGACGGCAAUUGGAUUGUGGAAAGUGUUGACAUUUCUCCAAUUUUGAAUGGUAAUCUAUCAUUCUACUGUAACUUCAUCAACUUCAAUUGUUCUACAUCAAAGUGAAACUCUAAUUCACUUUAUUCUGUGAAAAGUCAUUGCAUUUUACUGUCAAUUCUUUUACUUUUAUGUGGGGAUGUACAUCCUUGUCCAGGACCCACUGCUGAUAUUGUUGACUGUAAUACACGUGAUAGUGAUUCAAAAGCCAUAGACUUCAUCUUUACAUGUUAACCUUAGAAGUUUACUACCCAAGAUUGAGGAUAUACGUAUAUUGGCACAAAACUCCCAUGCAUCAUGUAUUGGAAUAUCAGAAACAUGGCUCGAUGAAACCGUUUCAGAUUCUGAAAUUAAGAUCCAGAACUAUAACAUUAUUCGUCGCGAUAUUGACAGACAUGGUGGAGGAGUCUGUCUAUUCAUUCAUAGUGAAUUUGCGUUUACCGACCGGAAUGUUCUCCUUCAUGAAAACUUGGAAACUAUUUGGGCAGAGAUUCUACUUCCGAAGACCAAACCCAUACUUGUUGGCAUCGUCUAUCGACAGCUGAACUUUCUGGAACUAUUUCAAACUGUGUGUUCUAUUUAACCUCAUUUUAUGGAAUAUGAAACUCUUAUUUUAGGUGAUUUAAACAUUGAUGUUUGUACCCGAAAUAAAUCAAAGUGCACAUUU